AUGUGGGCUCGAGACACCCUCGCGCGCGGCGGACGCGACGCGCCGGGGCGAGGGGAGUUCGGGCGACGACGGGCGCGGCAUUGGGAGCGGAGAGGGCGCGCGGUGGGGCGGGCGAUGCCGGUGGUGAUGGAGGCCAAGGCGUUGAUUUCGUCCACGGAGGAGUGGCGGGCGCUUCGAUCGCACGUCGAGGCGAUCGAUAAGACGCACCUGCGGGAUUUGAUCAGAGACGAGGCGCGAUGCGACGCGCUGGCGCUCGAGUACGACGGUUUGUAUUGCGACUUUGCGAGACAGCGCGUGACGACGGAGACCAUGGAGAAGCUGUAUGAUCUCGCGAGAGCGGCGGGCGUGAGAGAGAAGGUGAACGCCAUGUUUAACGGGGAGGCUAUUAACUCGACGGAGAACCGCGCCGUGCUGCACGUCGCGACGCGGGCGCCAAAGGAUAAGGUGAUCAACGUCGACGGGAGGAACGUCGUGCCGGACGUGCACGACGUUUUGGAAAAGAUUAAGGAGUUCUCCGAGCGCGUGCGCAACGGCGAGUGGAUCGGUGAGACGGGUAAGCCGCUCAAGGAUGUCGUCGCGAUCGGUAUCGGUGGUUCGUUCCUCGGUCCCCUCUUCGUGCACACGGCGCUCCGCACGAAUCCGGAAGCCGCGGUUGGCGCGAGCGGGAGACAGCUUCGGUUCCUCGCGAACGUCGACCCGGUCGACGUCGCGCGCUCUUUGAAUGGACUCGACCCGGAAACCACGCUCGUGAUCGUCGUUUCGAAGACGUUCACCACGGCUGAGACGAUGCUCAACGCGCGCACCGUGCGUGCGUGGAUUCGCGCGUCGCUCGGUGAAAACGCCGUCCAAAAGCAUAUGGUGGCCAUCUCCACCAACCUCAAGCUCGUCAAGGAGUUCGGGAUCGAUCCGGACAACGCCUUCGCGUUCUGGGACUGGGUCGGCGGCCGAUACUCCGUGUGCUCCGCCGUCGGUAUGCUCCCGCUUUCGCUGCAGUACGGGUACGACACCAUGGAGAAAUUUCUCGAAGGCGCGUGGUCGAUGGAUCAGCACUUCGCCAACGCUCCGUUCGAGGAGAACCUCCCGGUGACGCUCGGGAUGCUUAGCGUGUGGAACGUCUCGUUCUUGGGAUGUCCUGCUCGCGCGAUUCUGCCGUACUGCCAAGCGCUUGCCAAGCUCGCGCCGCACAUUCAGCAAGUCGCGAUGGAGUCCAACGGAAAGGGCGUCGCCAUCGACGGCACCCCGCUCGACUACGACACGGGUGAGAUCGAUUUCGGCGAGCCCGGGACGAAUGGACAGCACUCGUUCUACCAGCUCAUUCACCAAGGUCGCACCAUUCCGUGCGAUUUCAUCGGCAUCGUGAAGAGCCAACAGAGCGUGUACUUGAAGGGUGAAAUCGUCUCCAACCACGACGAGCUCAUGUGCAACUUCUUCGCCCAGGCCGACGCGCUCGCCGUGGGUAAGUCCGCGGUGGAGUUGCGCUCCGAAAACGUCCCCGACGCAUUGAUCCCGCACAAGACCUUCAGCGGUAACCGACCGUCGCUCUCCAUCAUGCUUCCCGAGCUCAACGCGUACACCACCGGUCAGCUCUUGAGCCUGUACGAGCACCGCGUCGCCGUUCAAGGCUUCGUCUGGGGCAUCAACUCCUUCGACCAGUGGGGGGUAGAGCUCGGAAAGGUUCUCGCAUCUCGCGUUCGCGCCACGAUGAACGACAAGCGCACCAAGGGCGAGACCAUGUCCGGAGGCGAGGGCUACAACCCGAGCACCACGCGUCUCCUGAACCGAUACCUCGCGGGCAAGGCCAAAUUGAUCUACCCCGAGCCCAAGGACGUGUUCCCGUGCGAUCUCAUCGAUUCCGACGAGUGCAGACCGCCCACGUCGUACGUGUAA